AUGGCCCUCCUCAACCCGACUUUCAUAUUCGGCAUCUUCGUCUUGCUCUACCUCUCGUCGUUCGUUGUCUUCGCCGUAAUCCGUAUCAUUACCGGUGUCUCGAUCCAGCGCAUUGGCUAUUUCUCUCUCCGGCGGCUGGCCUACACCGCGCGUGAUGGCGUUCGCUUCGAGAUCAGGGGCCUCGGCCUCAACGUCCACCGGCCGACCUUCGCCCAACCGACGUGGCUGAGCAUUGUGAUGGACGAAUUUGCGGUUACAAUCAAUAUUCAAGAGUUGGAACGGGCUAAAGCAAAGGAGGCGGCACCCGAAGAUGUGGAUUCCGAUUCCGACGUGGCCGAGCAACCGCCUCGACCGACGACCCCGAAAACGCCAAGGACACCGAGGCAGGUUCGGCGUGAUAUCGACCCAGACGAACGGAGCAAGACGUGGAAACGGUUGACGAGGGUCAAGGAGCGCAUUAAGAGGCUACAUCGGAAGGUGAAUUGGCUCCGGAUGGUCGAUGUUGUGGCUACCAAUUCGACCGUCAACGUCACUGGCGUGGGAAACCUGCAGAUGGGUAGCCUCACCAUUGCCGUGGAUACUCGGCGGAAGAUGGUCGAUCGUGCCCGUUUCUUCCUGCAGGGCGGCUCGCAGAGGCGGCCCCAGAACCGGCAAGCCGAGUGGAUAAUGACUCUGCGGAGCGUGCUGUUCACGGCGGAAGGGGGCGAGGCGACAGAGGUCCUGGACAGUGCAACGUUGAACAUUCACGGUUACCUGUACGAAGCUCUCGACGGUCUCCGCGACACUGCGAUAGCACUCAAACUCGGCCGUCUCCACAUUCCCUACGACGAUGUUCGUCACGGCUUGGCCCAAUACAAGAAGAUCAAGCAUGCGGGUGAUGAGCCUUUUGCCCGCGCCGAGCCCGUCGACGUGGUCGUCGACCGCGUCAUUCAGGAGCUCGACGUUCCUGGUAGCACCAACCACGAAUUGAUGCAGACGGUUUCCGACUCGAAGGAGCUGGUGAGCUCAGUUCUGAAGGGGAUCAGAGAGGUCCAGUUUGCCGUCAGCUUCGUGGGGCUCACCAAGAAGGUCGAUUCUGUCAAGCCUGCAGGGAACCCCAUCAUACUCACUGCGUCCAUGAAGGAAGUGGGCAUCGAUCUUCACCGACUGGAUCCCAAAUCUGCCGCGCACAGGAUGUACUUCCCAUCCAAGGACAUCGCCCACGAGGCCUUGGCCGCUGCACUGUCCAUCUCUGUCGGUCUUGAUGAUGGGCACGGCAAACCGGAGCGCAUCAUGUACAUUCCCAUGGCCACUACGACCGCUCGAACUACGCUCCCGUCCAAGACGGUCGAGUUGGCCGAUGACGGUACCGCCGAGCAACGGAACGCCAACAUCCUCUUCGCCAACUCGGUCGUGACUUCUCCGUCCGUCGACCUUGAUCCUCGCCAUCUCCCCAUCCUGUUGGCUAUGCUUCAGCGAAAACCAAAACCUCACAAGACGCCUCAGCAGCAGCGCCACAUGCUCAUCUCACGGUUGCUCCCCAAAGCAACCUACAAAUUCUCUAUGCAUGAGCCCGUCCUGAGGAUAGCUCUUCCGCCGGUGGAGAAAUCGGCGGAUCCCGACGAAUUUGACCUAAUCAUAUCAUCCAUAUCAUCCGUCUCUCUAGACAUGGAGUCAUUCCAUUCGACGGUGGAAGAGCUCCAUUACUCUCUUGCUGCCACUAUGAGAGUCCAGACACACAACUUGUACUACCAGACUUCUGCUGGCAGCAGAUUUGACCUCCUUGAAACAGAAACGUUCGACCUGAAGGUGCAGCUCAACGCAUCACCAGACGUUCGCGUUGUUGUCACCGGGAAUCUCGAGACGUUUACCCUGAAAAUGGUCAGGGAGGAGAUCCGUGACGGCUUGCGUCAGAUCGUUCGCCAGUUGAGGCCCAACGUUGAGCCAGACAAACGCGCCGUGUCCAAUACCUCGACGCACUCCAACUUCUUGCGCGCAUUGCCCGCCUGGCUACUGCAUUUCCAGCUGCAAUGCUCAGAUUGCAGUAUCGAAGUUGCCGGUGUGGACAAAGACAUCUCGGAAGACUCCAGAGGUGUCGCCAUUCAGCUGGACUCGUGGUCUGCCGAAUACCGCGCCCAGAGGCUGAAUGGGCUGCAAAGGCGGCCCUCUCGACGGAGAGCCAGCAGUCGCAGCCUGAUGUCGCCGGAAAGUGAUAUUUUGAGGGCUGUUCCGGCGUCGCCGAGGAAAAAGUACCACCAUGACGGCGACGGCCGUCGCAUUUCCCUGCAUGCCCGCGGCUUCGAGGUCUUCAUGGUCGAGUCGGCAGAGAAGUGGGAGUUUGAGCCAUUCAUCAACAUUCCCAAAUUCGAGGUCGCCCUAUCCACCCUGAGCGACCACCAGGGCCCAGUCUUCCAUAUCCACUCCCACAUCAGGACCCUCCUCUUCCACUACUCGCUCUACCGUCAUUAUGCUAUGGGGGUGGCCGUUUCGAGUCUCCGGAAAGCAUUUAUGAGGACAAGCAAGGUCACUGCUGAGCCAAGGACACCGCCCAUGUCGCCUCAGAGGCGGGUAAUCGGUCACCUUUCGCCGCCCCCGAUUGGGCUGUCUUCUGAUUUGAGCAUGGAUGCCGAGGCUUGGAAGGCCGUGCCUGAGCUUGUCGCUGUUGACUUCAAGGUCACUCUCAUCCAGGUCAAGGCCGAUUUACCUUCGGACCCCCCUUUGAUGCUCCACGUUUACAACUUGGAGGCUGGCCGGCAUCGGUGGUCGCCUCCAUUCAUCCAAUCCAAGCUCAUUCGGCUGUUUGCUGAAGCUCCCAGAAUGCGCAGAGUAUGGGCUCGAGUUCUGAGCGUCAAGAACGUUCGGGCUGACUACCGUGAAUCACGGCACAAACUUCCGGGCGGGGGAGUACGAGAAGAGCGGAUGGUUGAUGUCGUCUCGGAAAACGUCCGCUUGGCCGUGCCUCACGAGAUGGUCAUCUACAAGAUCACCGACAACUUUGUCAACACCUUCAAGUCCGUCCAACAACUUCACCACAAGUUCAAGACGGGCACAAACGAGUACAUUCUCGAGAAGGGACCGGAAGGCCCCAAAAAGGUGCCAAAGGUCUCCCUCAGAGCGAAAAGCUUCCUGUUCGAGCUGGAAGACGGCGCCUUCGAAUGGAAGCUCGGUGUUAUUUACCGCGCGGGCUUGGUUGAGAUGAUGCAACGCCAGGCGCGAGAAGAGGCCUUCCGUGUCAAGGCGAAAAAGAUCCACGAGCAAGAGUCUAAAAAGGGCUUGUCCAAGUUGCGGGCCCGGUCAGCGGCUCCCCAGGACGAGCCUCCCGCACCUGGCACCUCCCAUACCCGAAGCCGCAGCGCCGAUGGCCGGCGCCGCUCACUCAGUGACGGGCACAUGCGCGGUCGGGCACCGAGAUAUGACCCUGAAAACGGCUCUCACGCGAUGAGCGGGAAAGCCCGUAUCUCGAUCGCCGAUGCAAGGCACAAGUUAAACAUGCACAACGCCAAAAGCUGGAAGCAGCGUAUCGACCAGCAGUAUGACCUCGCGAGGAACAUGGCAAAGGACGUGCGCUCCACCUUCUGGGGCGUUAACGAAAUCCCCGACGACCUGGAGGAUAGCGAGAAGAUAUUGGAAGUGCCGCAACGACCGGCGCUCAUGGCGGGGCUGAUCAAUGAUCUACACAUCGUUAUGGAUAAGCCGUCUUUCCCAAUCAAAGAGCUCCCAGAAUUCCUGCACAAGGUUGGGAAGGGUAUGCCGAAGGACAUGAAGUACGCUUUGCUCGUCCCCAUGAGUCUCCAGGUCAGCAUGGGAGAAGCGAGGAUAUCGCUUCGCGACUACCCUCUGCCCUUCCUUCAUGUGCCAGCAACUAAAUCCGGCCAAUCCGUUCGCCUGCCUGCCCUAGCGAUGACAACGGAUUUCGUCAUCGCAGAGGAGUAUCGUGGUCCAGGGUCGAUGAGAAAGAUUCGAGUCCCGAUCGUGCCGCCGCGCGGUCUUGACCCGGCGUCCCCAGAAGACAAGGGCUUUUCUAUAGACGUGCGGAGGACGAUUGGGCCAGUCAAGACUUUUUCAGACAUGAGCGUCAAUAUUCACACUGCCAACCCUACCCGGAUCACAUGGGGGCCGUCCUACCAGCCCGCGAUACAAGACAUGAUGAUGGCCAUCGAGUCUAUGACAAAACCGCAGCUCGACCCUUCCGACAAGGUCGGGUUCUGGGACAAAAUCCGGCUCAACUUCCAUUCUCGAAUCAGAGUAGCCUGGCGUGGCGAUGGCGACGUGCACCUGGCGCUGAAGGGCAGCAGAGACCCGUAUCAAGUCACGGGUAACGGCGCCGGCUUCCUCAUGUGCUUCCGGAACGAUGUGAGAUGGAGCAUCAAUAGCGUUGACGACCCAAAGCGCUUCAUGACCGUCGACAGCGGUGAGUACGUCCUGGCCGUCCCGGACUACAGCCACCAAGUUCGCGAGGCGCGCCGCCAACACGGGGAAGAUGAGAGCAUCAGCAGCGGCUCGAGCUUGAAGACCGGCGCCACCUUCAAGAAGGUUGUCAUGAAGCUAUCCGGCAAAGUGCAGUGGCUCGCUGGUCUUGUGUUCGAGCGGGCGAUCGAGCAGGGCAACAGGAGUUUCGAGUCGAAACCACACUACGAGGUUGUUCUCAAGUCUCCUCACCAAGCCCAAGCCCAAAACGGUCUUCCGUACGACGCCUUCCGUGGGUUUCGCAGCCAGCAUAUUCACCUCUCCGUCGCCAUUCGCGCCCCAGUUGACCGAGAAUGGUCUGGGUCGGUCGUCGAGCCUUCACGCAGCUACAACACCGUCCAUCUCACACCUCGCUUCUUCACUCACUUCUUUGCUUGGUGGUCUCUGUUUUCGGGUCCGUUGUCUCUCCCAAUUCGACAGGGUUCCUUGUGGCCUGGCAGGGAAAAGAGCAGCAAAAAGUUUGGUAGACAUCUUGCCACUAUCAAAUACAACAUUCUGCUGGCGCCAUUGUUUGUGAGCCAUAUCUACAAGCACAAGGACGCCGAGGAUUACACGGAGAACGCCGUUUCCGCCACCGGCAUCAAGGUCCGGCUCGACAGCUUUAUGCUUGACUUGCACCAGCGGCGAGAGGAAUUCAACACCAGGGACCGCGGUCGCAAAACACAAACUAGGACGACCGGUAUGAAGAUUCACGCUGGCCAACUCGAUGUGGUUUCGGCAGACGUUCGCGCUGUUUCGGCUAGCAUCCGGAGCACCACGGCGGAUGCCUUGACGAGGAACUCUCUCUCAACUUUCAUCACGGACCAAGAGGGUGAUGGCACCGACCUUUCUCGCUUCACAAUUCCCGACAACGAUUUGACGUGGAUCGACAUGGAUGACUUCGUGGAACUGGACUGGAUAUUGCCGACCGAACCGAAUCCCGACACUAAGAUCCUGCCACUCGCGUUUGCGCCCCGUGUGACCUACUUCCGACAGACAGACAUCAACGGUACGAUUGCUGGCGAUCCGGACAGAACAAGUCCCUUCGGCAAGGAACCAACCCACUUCUGCAACAUGAGCCAAGAUGACGACCCUAGAACGGUCCAGUGCCAGCUCAUCCGUCGGCGGUUGGAGCAGCUGGAUGAGCAGAUCGAGACACAUCAGCGUAACCUGGGGGAGAUUGAACUUCGUCUCAUCCGAGGCGACCCGGAUGAUGCAGACCUCGAUGCUGAAUUUCAGAUGUUGAACCGGCAUUCGGGGGUUCUCGCCGGGAAGAGGACGUUCCUGCAAGGCAUGCUGGCGGAAAUGACGCCUAAUUCUUCCUCCAGCAAUGAGAGCCGAGAGUCUCCAAUCCCCGAGGAGUUCCUUGAGGCUACCCAGAGCCUGCAGGGGACCAUGUCAACACCUGCCGCCGCCGAGUUUGCGAGCGACUUCAAGAACAGAUUCGUGGUCCACAACAUGCAGCUAAAGUGGAACAACACCCUGAGGAACAUCAUCCUUCGCUACAGCCACCAAGUCGGGCAGCGUCGGGGUUUCGUCUACUAUCUGUCCCGUCCCGCCGUCAAGUUCAUUCUAGACCUUGUAGAAGAACAGUCCAAGUCCAAGAUGGGCAAAGGCAGCACCACCCCGACGCCCGGGGCUCCGGGAACCACGUCCGACGCGAACGGAGCAGAUCGCGACGUCGCAAAAGACAUAGAAGACCGAAUCCGUAGGAUCUUGCAGGAGAACAAAAAGUUCACGGGCUCAGACAACAUCGAUGGCUCGCACCCAACCAUGUCUGAUCUUUCCAGCGGCAUUGCGGAUGAGUUCACAACCCAAAACAGCUACCAUGUCCGCCUGAUUGCGCCGCAGAUCCAGCUGCAGAGCGACAAGAACAAAAAGCACGUGGUCCUCACGGCAUCCAAGGGGAUGGAGCUCAAGGUGGUCGACGUACUCGACAAGAGCAGGCUAUCUGACAAUGUCAGCGGCCUUGUGCAGCGGCGGUUCCUCGUCAACAUGGACAGCACGCAGUUCUUCGUGACCCAUCAAAAGUGGUUCUCGACGCAGCUCGUAUCCAUGUACUCGGGCAAUACCUACGGCACACCCUCGGGCUCAUCGUGGCCACCGUGGGUUCCAAUGGAGGUCAUGUUUGACUUCCAGUCAGACCCCUUCGGGUUCAAGCGCGUCGUGCAGAAAACGUCGGCCAUGCUCCGCUACGACAAAUUCAACACGCUCCGUCUCAAGUACAAUGACGAGGUCAACGCCAGCGAGGGCGAGGAUUCAACCCCACAAGACAGCACCGAGAGCAGGACGGACAGCCUGUGGGUCGAGUUCCCCCAGGCCCAUGCUCUCUGCAACUCUUCCCAGUAUUACGCCAUUUACGUCAUCGUGCUGGAUCUCCUCAUGUAUAGCGAGCCGCUGGAGAAGACGCGAAACGAGAGGCUCGAGAAGAUCAUGCUGGCUUCAGACUUCAGCGACUUGAGAGGAGUCCCGGAGAUGGUCAUCAGGCUUCAGGAGCGUGUCCGGCAGCUGGAGGAGAUCAAAACGCAUUUCCAGAUCCACUCGAAACAGCUGGACAAAAAGGGGUGGAAGGAUCGGCUGGUGCUUGAGCGAGACUUGGCGGCGUGUGAGGACGAGCUGUUCUUCAUGAUGAAAGCCAUCACCUCAUCGCAACGAAAAUUCGACAACACCACCAGCAGUGCGUUGCUGAAGUGGAGCAUCAUGGCCAAGGAGAUCGUCUGGCAGCUCAUCCGCGACAACAACGAACCGCUCGUCGAGCUGCAGCUCAAGGAUGUCGAGUACGAUCGGAUCGACAACUCGGAUGGGUCACACAUCAAUCUGAUCCAGGUGGGCAAAGUCCUCGGUCUCAACCUGCUCCCGGAAGCCAUCUAUCCAUCUAUGGUCGCGCCCUACGUCGAGGGGAACCGGAUCACCGCCGACCCGGACUCUCAGCCGAUGAUCCGGGUGUACUGGAACAUGCUCGAGGCCAUCGCCGGCAUUCCGGUGAUGGACCAUUUCGAGGUCACACUCUUCCCUCUGAAAAUACAGCUUGAGCAUGACAUUGGGAAGAAGCUCUUCGAGUACAUAUUCCCACCCACGGAUGGGGACAGUGCCUCGGGCGGCAAGAAUGAUUCGCCGUUUAUGAUCAAGCAGUCUGCUACCGACGACGAGGACGAGGAAAUGGAUAAUGAGCCGAUGGCCGAUCGCCUUGGAGUACCCGACAAGGACCAGGACGGAUCGCCAUUCACGACACGGGCUGGCUCUCUUGAGAUCCGGCUGCGACCGACUCUCACUUCGGACCCAGACGAGGCGUCUCUCAAGCACAAGGCGCUCAGCAUCCACUCGGGGGAAGGCACUUCGUUCCGGCUCUUCCGGUCGGGGACUGGGCUCAAGACGGUCAACAAGAAGCGGUCAUACGACUCGCUGCGCAUCAACACCGGACGCCCCGGCGUCGGCAGGACAGGGACCGGCUUUUCUUCCAAGGACAGCGCUUCUAUCAACGGCGACUCCAGAAAGGGCUCCCGCUUCACGCUACGUCACAAGUCCAGCGAUGGCGACAAAGCCAAGCAAUCCGAUGACCUGUCCAAGAUGAUAGACCGCGCCUCUAACUACAUGACAUUCGCCUACAUCAAGAUGCCUUCGGUGGUCCUUUGCCUCAGCUACAAGGGCAAAGGCGACCGUAACUUCGAAGACGUGCACGAUUUCGUCUUCCGGCUCCCGACCAUCGAGUACCGCAACAAGACAUGGUCCAACCUCGACCUCGCACUCGCGCUCAAGAGCCGCGUCAUCAAAGCGCUCAUCAGCCACACAGGCGCCAUCAUCGGCAACAAAUUCUCCCGCCAUCGCCCCAACACGGCGCAGCAGUCCAAGCUGCGCGAGCUCGCCACCACCUCGGUCCUGCUGGCCACACCGUCGACGUCCGAGUCGCGCGACAACAGCGGCGAUGACUCGUCGUCGCUGUACGGGAACUCGCCCGUCGAUUUCUCCCGCUCCCCGCCCAGGUCCAUCCGCAGGUCGCAGACGUCCAUUCCCAUCCCGACGUCCACAAGCAGGAGCUCGAGCGUCGCGUCGUCGAUGCGCUCGCAUAUCUCGACGGUGAAUAAUAACAGCAACAGCAGCCGGGACUAUCCCAAGGGCCAGGGUCAGGGUCAAAACCAAAACCAGGGGCAGGGUCAGGCCGCGGGGACGGUGCCGAGCUUCUUGAUGGCGCCGGCCACGCCGUCGGCGACGCUGUCGCCCGACGCGCAGAGCCUGAGCGGAAAAUCAUCCGGCUUCAGCAGCCUGCUCCGGCCCUCGUCGAGCGGCUGGUCCAGGCCGUUCGGCGGCGGCGGCGGCGGCGGCGGCGGGCAGCAAGGGAACAACGGCGGAGGCGGUGGUGGGAUGAGCAGUAGGCCCGGGAGCAGCAGCGGGUUCACGACGGGGUCGGGGUCGGCCUCGUCGCCGAGGCGGUCGAACGCGACUGCUAAUCCGGAGGAGAGGGAGAGCCCUGAGCGGAGGCGCACCGGUGGGCUGGGAGGUGGCGGUGGUGGUGGUGGGGGGUUGAGGGAUAAGAUUCAGGCUUUGGCGAAUCGGUUGAAGGAGAGGGAGAAUACGGUGGUACAGGUUGGGGGUGGUGGUGGUGGUGGGGAAGGGGAAGAGGGGGAGGAGGAGAAUGGGUUGAAAGGCCGGAGGGUAGAGGCCAGGGAGGCAACAGGUCUUGCAUGGAUCGGAGCAUUGGAAGAGCUCCCACUAACCGACAAACUGGUCGAUCGCCAGCGAGAUGCCCUCUUCAACUACUCGGCAUCCUCUCAAACCGAGGCCAGCGCCCUGCGGCCGUGGUCCAAAGAUCCCACCUACUUCAAAACCGUCCGCGUAUCUCCGACGGCACUCGUCAAGAUGGUCAUGCACGCACGAUCCGGCGGCGCCCUCGAGGUGAUGGGUAUCAUGCAGGGGUACGUGGAUGGGACGGCACUGGUAGUAACGGACGCUUUCCGACUGCCGGUCGAGGGGACCGAAACUCGAGUUAAUGCACAGAGUGACGCCGACGAAUAUCUCGUCGAGUACCUCUCGCUAUGCCGCGACGAGUCCCGCCAGGAGAACGUCAUCGGCUGGUACCACUCGCACCCGGGCUACGGCUGCUGGCUAUCAGGUAUCGACGUGGCCACACAACAGCUGCAGCAGCUCCAGGGCCCCAUGGUGGCCAUCGUCAUCGACCCGGACCGCACCAUCUCCGCCAACCAAGUCGAGAUCGGCGCCUUCCGCACCUACCCAGACGGCUACACCCCACCAACCAACACCACCACCACCACAACCACCUCUGUAUCGUCCGGCGUGGGCGGGCAGUCAGUCCCCCUGGUGAAAGCGGACGACUUCGGCGCGCACGCCAGCAAGUACUACGCGCUGGAGGUGGAGCACUACAAGAGCACGCUGGACGGCAAGCUGCUGGAGCUGCUGUGGAACAAGUACUGGGUGCAGACUCUGGCGCAGAACCCGCUGCUGACCAACCGCGACUACGCGAGCAGCCAGAUGGGCGACGUCGCCCAGCGCGUGCGCGAGACCGCCCUCGCCGUCUCGCGCGCCGGCAAGGGCGCCGCCGCCAUGGCCGCGUACGGCGGCGGCGGCGGGCGCGGCGGUGAUUUCUUUGCCGGUGGGGAGGGUAUUGCGGGACCCAGUGGGAGUGGGAGUGGGAGUGCUGGUGGUGGUGGGGGCAGGGCGGCCGAUAGGACCGGUGCCGGCGGGAAGGGGGGGGAUGGGGCGGUGGAGAAGAUCGUGCAGGAUAUCGGGCAGAUUGCGGCCAAGGAGAGGGCGGGCCUGGCCGCGGCUCAGGUGAAGGCGCAGAUAUUCGGUGGUGGGAAUGCGUGA